AGUCAAAAAAAUAAAAUGGAUAUUUUCAACUGCCAAUACUGCUCGGUGUCUCCUUUCGAUUACAUCUUAGAUUUUAUCUAUGGCGAGAAGCCGCCGAAAAAGGAGGAGAAAAAAAGCUCCAAUGUGACGUACGACGAUAGCACCAGUAACAACGUAUCUCAGGUGUUGUCCAAAGCAGGAGAUCAAGUGGAGAAAAGGUCCACCAACGAAAUCUUGCUCCUCUGUCGAGCAUGGGAGAAUUACGUGCACCCCAGGGCCAAGGAAUACUGGAAGGAUUCGCAGCAACUUCAAAAUAUUUUAUGCAAAAUCGCAAACGGCAUCACCAAAAAUGACGAUCCCAUUUUGGGAGAUGACUAUGCGUGUGUCUUUUGGUACGGAGACAAGAACAAGAAUGAUAACUGCCCCAUCAUAUCUGUGAAGAAGGGGAAUGACAACGUGGAGACCAUCACGUAUGUUAACCGCGUGCUCAUUUUUCUCUACGCAGACGAAGCCAGCUUUCAGGAGCUGCAGAAAAAGCCGAAGAAGGCCUUUACGAUGGCGUGCGGGAAUAUUAACUGCAUCAAUUUGACGCACAUUUCUCUGGACGAUUAGGCUUGUGCGGCGCGGCGGGACGUUUCUAGGGUUACCGCGCAGGUGGUCGAAGCCAGGAACGGUCGCAGCAGCACAGCAGCGCAGCAGCGCAGCUUCCUAGCGAGUGUAACAACACAACUUCCUAGCGGUACCACUGCGCUGUGGAGAAUGCCCCCGUCCGCGAGUAUUUUACGUACGGCUCUGCGCACCACGCCAAAUGGGGAGUCAAUAAACGGCCAUUUUCUCCGCGCGCAAAAGGAUUAGUACACAUC